AUGGCGCGUGGCCGCAGGCGAGCAGCAGCACCGGACCCCGUUGAAGAGGAGCCUGGGGUGUCAGAUCAGGCAAUGGAAGAUGUCAUGCAGGACCCGGCCAACACAUUACAGUUUGACGAGGCCUUGACAUGGCGCUCCGGCAAGCCGAUACCGGUGAGCGACUUGCUACGACGACUGAGAACGUUGCACGAGGAGCUGCAGCCUAUGGACCAGAGUGAAGCCGACCGCGAAACACUCGUACCCAAAGCCCAAGAGCUCGCGAAUGUGCAAUUGCUAGGCCACAAGGAUAAAGGAGUGAAAGCAUGGACGCUUCUCAACAUAGUCGAGAUGUUCAAACUUCUCGCACCGGAUGCGCCAUACAAGAGUGCACAGCUGAAGCAGAUCUUUGAUCUCUUUGUGUCGCACGUGAUCCCCGCUCUUGCCAGUCCUGGAGAUCCAUACAACCAACAGCACUUUCUGAUUUUGACGUCGUUGACAACAGUCAAGAGUAUCGUCCUGCUUACGGAUAUCCCCGGAUCUGACGCCCUCGUUCUGAACCUCUUCACGAACUGCUUCGAUGUCAUGAUUGGCAAUGUGAAAGGGGCGGACAGAGAGCAGAUUGGCAAGAACGUGGAGUAUCACAUGACGAAUAUGCUAUGUACGCUCGUGGAUGAAUGUCCCGUUCUACCCACCGGUGCUGUAGACAUCAUACUUGCACAGUUCCUACGAGCUGAUCCGGCGACGCUCAGCUCGGUCAAGAAGAAGGGUGGUGCUCCGACCUCCUCCAUCGUGGUCCGAGAAGUGUCUCCGGCGUAUAACAUGGCACGGUCCGUCUGCAACACUUGCGCAGACACGAUGAGCAGAGCUGUAGGACAAUACUUCAGCUCGGUGCUCAUAGAUGCGUCUGAGAGCCUUCCCGCAGUCAAGCCUUUCAAGUCGCGAGGCAGGAAGCGCACACACGACGAGAGCGAAGACGAGUCGGAUGACGGCAUGAUCACGCCACCAGCCGAAGACGAUAUACGAGAGGUUGAGAAAGCACAUCGCCUUUUACGCGAGCUAUGGCGGUCAUCACCCGAUGUCAUCCGUAACAUCAUUCCGCAGAUGGAAAGCCAGGUCAGCGCCGAGAACGUCCAGCUGCGCACCAUGGCAGUUCAGACUGUAGGAGACAUGGCGGCUGGCAUUGGGGCUACAGGUCCACCUCCACCGCUUUUCCUCGAUCCUGCAGCAUAUCCAUCUCAAAGUCUUGAACCAUCUGACGCGAAUAUACCACCCGAGAAUCCGCUCUUAGUGCCUGCAGCACCACACGCAUUCUCCUCUGUCUAUCCAGGCGCAUAUAAAAGCUUCAUUGACAGGCGACGGGAUAAGAAUCCUCAAGUACGAAGUGCUUUCACAACAGCCGUUGGUCGCAUCCUGUCGACGUCAGGAGGAGGCAAAGGGCUGGACACAGACCAGGAGACGGACUUGUUACGGUACUUGUCUGACUUGCUAACAGACAUUGAUGAGCGUGUACGGCUUGCAGCGGUGCAGGCGGUCGGCGGGUUCGACUUCAAUACGUUCCAGGAAAAGGUUGGGAAGCACGGAGGUGCCAACACGACAGGCUCGGUACUCCACAACCUAGUCGAGAGAAUCAAGGAUCGCAAGCAUAAUGUACGAGUUGCUGCUGUGGAGCUGCUAGCACGGAUAUGGGGUGUUGCUUCUGGUGCCAUGGCGGAAGGCAGUGAUCGAGCUCGCGACUUAUUCAGUCCGAUUGCCACGAACAUAUUCAACGCCGUCUAUAUCAACGACCGCGAACUCAAUGCGCUUGUGCAGCGCGUGUUGUACGAGUCACUGCUGCCUGUAGGCUUCCCACCACUCAAAGCCAGGCAACCUACUGCUGACUCGCAGCGUGUGGCCGACAGCCAAGUACUGCAGGAGGAUCAGGAUCCCGAUGCUAUCCGCGCAGAACGCGUUCUUACAUUGCUUCGCGACCUUGAUGAGAAGGCUCGCAAAGUGUUCUUCGCACUUCAGCACCAGUCUAUUGGCAAGGCAAAGUACAUGGAGAAGUACCUGAAUGCAUGCACAUUGGUCUAUGGCACUUCGGACAAGGAACAUGAUAUCGAUGACAAGGCUGCUAGGAAUGAACUCAAUACAAUGAUCGAGGCUUUGUCAAAGCUCGAUCCAGAACCUCAAAUUGCCUCCGAUGAUCUCAAGAAGUUCGCCAAGCAUCAUGACAAGCGCAGCUAUCAGCUCAUUCGCUUCUGCUAUGCGCCUGACAGCGACUAUCGGAAAAUUGUCAAGGCCACGAAGGAAUUGACUAAGCGGCUGGAGGACGCACCUAGUGGCAUGCUCACGGUGCUCAACACUGUUCUACCGCUGACACGCUCGCUGUCUAACCUGGUCUACAACCGAAGUCACAUGCCCACAAUCAUGGCCACAGCUCGUUCAGAUAUGAAGGGCCUUGGUAGUGCUGCUCACGACAUCCUGAAGCAGAUCUCUGCCGAUGCGCCAGACGUCUUUCGAGUUCACAUUCGCGAGAUGUGUGAUGGGCUGCGAAAGCAAGCACCGACUGUAAAGACGCCAAACCAGCCUUCUGCGGUCGACGAGCUGAAAGCGUGCGCAGGCUUCGCACAGCGCUUCCCGGAGGACAUGCCGCAAGAUCGGGAUUUCUAUAAAGCCAUGACGGCUUUUGCGAAAUAUGGAUCGCCUCCCGAGGCUGCCAAGCAUGCUGUCACGGUCAUUGUCGCAUCCGCCGACAAGAAGGAAAUGUACAUCAAGGACAUUCUGGGGUAUGCCAUUACGGACUUUGACUAUGGCGCGGAGUGCUUCCUUGCCAGACUUGCUGCCAUCAGCCAGCUCAGGUUGAUUGCCUACAAGGACACGGCAGAUCACUCCGACCAAAUUAUGGCCAUCGCGGCUGCCAACAUUUUAGGUCAAGUUCGAACCAUGGACAGUGCUAGCGAGGCGGAAUGGUCGGAUGCGAUCAAUGAUGAUCUUGCUUCAAAGCUCUGGGCUAUAAAGAUCCUUGUCAAUGGUCUUCGAGGGAUAGUCAACAGCGGCAGCUCAGACGACGCACAGGACGAGAUUGCUUCAGCAGCUGUGAAUGUCUAUAAGUUUCUCAACACACUGGUCGAGAAAGAGGGUGAGCUGUCCAAAACCGACAUCACGGCAAGACAUCAUAGAUCGCAUCUACGCCUCGUGGCUGCGAACCAGCUUUUAAAGCUAUCGUGCAACAGAGCUAUCGAUCAGUAUUUCACGCCGGGUGACUUCAAUCGACUAGCACGCGUCGCGCAAGACAACCUACCGGAAGUGCGGAGGGGUAUUGUGAGGACGCUUCGCAAAUACCUUGGACAAGCAAGGUUGCCGAACAGAUUCUAUGCCAUCGUCUUCUUGUAUGCCUUCGAGCCACAGAGGGCCAUCCUUGAGCCGACUGCCACCUGGUUGAAGGCAAGGGCUACUCUUUCUACCAAGGCCAAGGAUACAGCGAUCGAAUCCGUCUUUGCGAGAUUCCUGAGUUUGCUAGCACAUCACCAAGACUUCAGCCGCGAAGCGGAGGAAUUGGAAGACUUCGUGGAGUAUAUCCUAUUCUACCUGAAGAACGUUGCUACACAGGAGAACCUGCCCAUGAUCUACCACCUCGCACAACGCUUGAAAGCUGUACAGGAUGGCAUUGAUCCUGACAAGAGCGAGAAUCUAUACGUCAUGUCCGACCUUGCCGAGGCCACAAUCAGGUGUUACCAGGACGUUCAAGGCUGGUCGCUACAGCUCUAUCCGGGCAAGGCAAGAAUGCCGAGUGGUAUCUUCGCUGCACUCCCGAGCCAUAUCAUAGCCCAGGAGAUCGCGGAGAAGAACUACAUACCCGCAGACCUCGCGGAGAAUCUGGAAGACCUCGUCAAGGCCAGCAUGAGGACAAAGAAGCGCAAGGCUGAGAGCUCGAUCAAGCAGCCUGCUUCGAAGAAGGUGAAGGAAGAAAAUGAAGGCGGUGAGAAGAAGAGGUUGCCUGUCAAGAAGGCUUCAAAAGCUGCGAAGCCCGCCAAGACACCGAAGAGGAGGCUUGAGGAUACAAUCCCAUCUUCCGACAGACGCAAGAGCGCUCGUGCUUCCAAUAUCAAGACUUAUGCCGAAUCGAGCGAUAGCUCAGCUGACGAAGGUGCUGAGCAGGGUGAUGAGAGCGACGACGACAAUGACCCUGAGGCCAAUAAGGAGAAUGUCACAAGUCCAACUCCACCGGCAAGUGAUCUCACGCCGGCGCUACCACGUACCGCUGAGAAGCAGAAACCGGUCAAACCUACGAAAGCGGCGAACAAGGCGGCAGUGAAGAAGAUUGCGCAUGCCGCUCCAAAAAGGAGUACACGAGCAACGAGGGCGAGCAAGGAGAAGGACGUGAUGGAUAUUCCCAGCGACAAUGAGGCUGAGCUUUCGGAGCCGCCGGGUGAUGUCGAAGGUUGA